CCAUGUCCAUGCUGCCGUUUUUCCCUUCUCUCCGGCCACCAAUUGCCAAUCGUAUAUGGUUCGAUAGUGUGGCAAAUGAAGAGGCUGAAGUUUUGAAAUAUGAAAGAGAACAUCAUAGCUGGUUGGAUGCCAUGAAAAAUGCCGCCGUCGACAUUCAUCCGUUGGGUAAAGUUCUAACAAUGCCAGGUCUGGAAACAGAUGAUGAAGAUGCUAACGAUGACAGUGACGAUUCUGAGGAUACUAACGAAGAUGAUGAUACUAAUGAUCGUGCUUUUGGUAUACCGGAACGAUCAGCUCUUGGUGGUCUUUAUUCGCCCGGCGAAGAAAUGAAUCUGAACAAUGAUGAAGUGCCGCAAAAUGCUGGCAAUGGAUCUCAAUGA